AUGACAGCCACCUCCACAUCCCUCUCCCCCUCCACCAACCCUCCCCGUUUCAAACUAAUAUUCUUCGUCCCCCCCUCCUCCCUCAGCAUCUGCAAAACCGCCAUCUUCGCCUCCGGCGCCGGCCAAUACCCAGGUUUCGGUAAAUACACCGAAUGCUGCUGGACAUCAGUUGGCACCGCGCAAUUCCGACCCGGUAAGACAGCUACUCCGAAUAUUGGCACCGUGGGGGUGCUGGAAGAGGUGCUUGAGGUGAGGUUUGAGACGUUGUGUGUUGGGGAGGAGGUGGUUCGAGAGGCUGUUUGUGCUCUUAAGAGGUAG